UCGUUUUAUCUCGCUCAAAUCCCGUGAACACAAAAUUAUCCAAAUCGCCAUGAUGGCGCCAAUUUUUGCUGAAAUUGUGAAAUUCAACCAAAAAAUGCUAUUUUACAGAUAAAAUUGGGAAUCAGAAAUAUUCAAUACGGAGAGGAUAAAAUUGCAGCAAGAUGCCACCAAAUAAAAGCAAGAGAGUUCGGGAAGACAUGUCUGAUGAAGAAAGGCCUACAAAAAAGACAUGCACAGAUAUAGACAUUGUUGAAGAUGAAUCAGUGUUUACUACAGGCGAAGGAUCAGGUUCACUAUGUAAAGGUCAACUUAAAAGUCCUGCACCAACAAUCGUACACCAGAAACCUGCAGAGUUGUUCAGGAAAGACUUGAUUAGUGCUAUGAAACUUGCUGACUCUGAACAAUUAGUCCCAGAAGAGUACCUAUAUAUAACAGAUUCCUGGAAACAAGACUGGGAGAAAGGGGUUCAAGUUCCUGUUAAUGAAGAUCUUAAACAUGAACCUCAGAUCAGGGAGAAUGGGGAAAAAGCAAAAACAACUGGAGAUUUUAAAAUGCCUAGAAAACUAUUACACAGUUGUAAAGAUGAAAGCUAUAAACAAGGUGACCAUGAGCUGACAGGGAUGCAACAGUUAGCAGAUCAAGUUGUACGGUAUGAUCUUGAUGACCUUGAUGUGUCUUGGUUAGACAGUAUGAAUGCAGAAAGAUUAGGAUUAGGAUUGAUAAAUAUUCAUGAAUGGAUAAUGGAAAGAGUUAUAGAAGGAUUAGAAAACCAGUAUUAUGAACAAGCAGAGAAGAAGAAAAAGACAGAAGAAGGCUUAGGAAUAGAAUAUGAUGAAGAUAUUGUCUGUGAAGUGUGUAGAUCUCCUGAGAGUGAAGAAUGUAAUGAGAUGGUGUUUUGUGAUGGCUGUGAUAUUUGUGUUCAUCAGGCAUGUUAUGGUAUACAGAAAAUCCCUGAAGGUAGUUGGUUGUGCAGACCUUGUGCUCUAGGAAUCAAACCUACCUGUAUAUUGUGUCCUAGGUCUAGUGGCGCAAUGAAAAGUACAAGGAGUGGAACUAAAUGGGCUCAUGUAAGUUGUGCACUGUGGAUACCUGAAGUAAGCAUAGGGGAUGCUGAGAAAAUGGAACCAGUUACUAAAAUAUCUCAAAUACCUGCUAGUCGAUGGGCUUUAAUUUGUUGUCUGUGUAAAGAGAGGAAAGGAGCCUGUAUUCAAUGUUGCGUAAAAGCUUGUAAAACUGCCUUUCAUGUGUCAUGUGCUCAUCAUAAUACUUUAGAAAUGAAAACUAUACUGACAGAUGAUGUAGAUCUGGAUGGAGGCUUGAAAUUAAAGGGUUACUGUCCCAGACAUAGUAAAAAUCGUGAUAGGAAAGGAUCAGAGUCCGACACUGAUUCUCCCAGGAAAAGUCCACCUGGAUCUCCUAGGAAGGGGCUAACAGAUGAAGAAAUAGCUAGAAUGAGGGCAGAAAAAACAAAGAAACUACAAGAAGAAUUUUACAGUAUAAUUAAUUUAGAUGAGCUAUCCAGAACAUUAGAGUUAGAUAUAGACAUUAUAGAAAGUAUAUAUGAAUAUUGGAAACUAAAAAGAAAGUCCAUGUUUGGUGCACCAUUAUUAACACCUAAAACUGAGGAGGAAGAUUUCUUUGAAAAACAACAAGAAGAUAGUUUAUUGUCCAGAAUGAAGAUGUUUGUACAACUACGACAAGAUUUAGAAAGGGUUCGUAAUUUGUGUUAUAUGGUCAGUAAACGUGAGAAGAUGAAGAAACAGUACUAUAAAUCUAGAAUAGAAGCAUUCCAUGGACUAAAUGACGCAUUAGUUGACAUGCGUCUCUCAGAUAGAGAGGCACAAAAAAUAGCGGAAUUAUACCCAGAACAGAAUAUAUACUAUAAUUUUGACCCUAGUGCUUAUGAAACAUCCCCUGACAUUAAAGAAGAAAUCGAGGACUUGCAUUUAGAAAAAAGGGAAAGAAGUUUUACCGACUUUCUCCUGCAAGAUGAUGACACACAAGACUAUAUUCCUGAACUAUCAUCCUUAUCACCGCGUAAGGAUGCGGGUGAUGCCGGUUCAGAACUGGGAUUUUCUGGAAAGUUAGUGACUGAAAACUUAAGGAAUGUUCUGACUAUUGAACCAGAUAGGUUAGUUCAGACUAAGAAGGAAAGAUAUAAACGUAAAAAAGAGUUGAAGGAGAGAAAUUUCUGUGAUGUUUUUAUUAUGAGCCCUGAUGAAGUGGACAUGACAAAAAGUGGUGAUUACCGUCUUCGUAGUACAACUUUUACAGGUAUAAGUCUGAUUAAAGCAGACACUUCUAAACAUGAACGGAUAAGAAGAAAAACAAUAGAUUCGUUAGAAACCAAAGCUUUUGAUGAAGAGGAAGAUUUUGAUCCAUCAGUUUCACCAAUAAAACGUGAAUUACGGACACGAAGACAAACAUGUGAUGCUGAUAUGUUUGCCAAUGAAAAUUCUAAAUCUCCACGUGAAUUAAGAAGUUCUUCUAUAAGUAUCAAAGAUGAACCAAAAGAAAUAAGUGUAAUAAGAAAUUUGUCUAAAUCCUCAAAGGCGGGCAAUGUUACUGACCGAGUAAAAGCUGAAUUGAACAAUUAUAUACUUGGUUCAAAAUUAGUGGUUGCAGAUUAUAUUAAAGAUACUGUACAAAAAGGACUAUUAGAAAAUAAGCGAGUUUUACGAAAUAAUUUCCUCAAUGGAAUGAUAGAUCGAUCAAAAAAGAAAGAAAAUUGUGUGAAUAGUAACAUCAGUUCUCCAAUUUGUUUGUCUCCUGUGAACGGGAGAAGAUCUAUAUCAAGAGUAUUAAACGAAAUAUCUCCAUCCCGAGCUAGCACUCCCAGUGAUAAUGGUUGGUGCAAAAAUGCACGUGGCUCUCCUCGUACACCUUCACAUAUUGUAAAUGGUGAAAAUGGUUUAUUGGAUCGAAAUUCUCCAGGACCAGCUACAAGAAGUUCUCGUCGUAAAACAGACAAUGGUUACGAUUCAGACAGUCGGGAAGCAUUCAGUACAAGAAGUAGUCGGGAGAAUUCUCCUGCUAGUAUUAGAAGUUUUAGGCGUGUAUUGAAAAUGAGAUCAGAUUCGCCAUCGUCACGUAAAAGUUUUACCGAUUCUAACCAUGGUUUUGUAGAUGUAGAAAAUAUUUAUACCGAUUCUGAUAAUACUCCGUUAAAAAGAGUGACUAGAAGUCAAGUCUUCAGUGAUAAUGAGAGCUCAAGAGACUCGUUAGAUUUUAAAGAUAAAUUUUCUACUAUAUUGUCAUAGCAGAGAAUUUUUAUAUGUUUGUCCAUGAAUGGCAUUAAUUUGUUUUAUGAAGGCAGCUAAAACCCUUUUGUUCAAAGUCAUUGACACAAGCCAUAUUUAUGUGUUUCAUUUAUAAACCAUUACAAUACAAAAUAAAUGGUCACUUGCCAUAAAUUGCCUGAUCCUUUUAAAGAAAGAUUAGGUUAACAAAAUUUAAUAAUAAUAAUCACACGCAAAUGUUGGGGGCUUUUUAUCAGGAAUUUGAUAUUCUGUAAAUUCUACAAAAUGACUACAAAAAAUUUUCUUCUUUUGGUGGCACAUGACAUGUAUACAAACUACUAUUUGUACUUCACAGUUCACUGUUAACUAAAUCCAAUGUUUGCACCAUUAUUUUCAUAAAGGCAGUGGGUUCAUCAUCUUUUUAUGAUUUUUCUAAUAAAAGAUCAAGCAUAUAUUAAAACAUUUUAAACUGGUAAAAAAAACUAACACAAAAAUGAAAAAAAUAGAUUAGUUGGAUAGCAUGUGCAGAAACAAAAACUUUGGGUCAGUAAUAUUUUUUCUAGUCUAAAGAUAUAUUUGUUUAUUGACUGGUUGAGAUAUUGGUGGUUUCCACAUAAACUUUUUUUAUUAUUGAUAAGAUUAUUAUAAUAUUUUGUAUUUAUGAAAUGAAGAUGCAAGUUCAUUGUUACGAAAGAACUGAAAGGGCAAGUUACUCAUGUAUGCAUUUAUUUUUGUAAACUAACAUUACUGCAGUGUUAUAUAAUUAUUUUUGGUUGAUCUUUCUAUUUUUCUUCACAAGAUGAUUAAAUGUUCGAAUACCAUGAAUACAGUGUAUAAUCAUAUUUUCUUUAAUGAUCUUGUCACCAGGGUAGUGACAGUGAAAUUCAUUUCUUAUUAUAAUGUAGUCUUGUAAUCCUUGCAACUUAUGAGUUCACAAAUGACAUUCGCCAACAGUGAAACCAGUUUUUGAACAGUUAAAUAAGAUUCAUGAACUCAUUGGAAUAAAAUUUGAAAAUUUUGGUUUAUAUCAUUGAUCUUUCAUUGAAAUAUUUUGCCAACCUGUAAUGAAAAUUGUUUAACCUGAUCUAAUAUCCAGGGCCCUUUGAUCACAAAUUUUACUCAGUACUCUUUGAGUAGAAAAUUUGUGCUCGAAGCACCACAUCAAGGAUUUUGAUUGGUUGAUUCCUUAGUCUAAGUACAUGUACAUUAGUCCUGCUCACAAGGCAAGAUAAUCAUCAAUCCACUUUGUGAACUCUGAACAAUGCAGGAAAACUAGUCUUCUAAUAAAAUUAUUAGGAUUAUAUUUACAUGUAAUUUUUAUUAUGACAAAAGAACUUUCUAGUUUGCAAAUUAUUGAAAUGUAUAUGCUGUAAGGUUAUGCAGCAUACAGUGCCAUUCUUCUUUUUUGUUCCUGACAACUAGAGUUACCUCCAAUAAAUCAUUUCAGAUUUGUGAAGAUCUCUUAAGGACCACUUUACACAAACCAACCCUGCUAAGGCUGUAUAGCCACUCAAGGUCGUUAAACACUUCCAUCAUACACAAAUCUAGUUAUAAAUCGACCAAUUUCUAUUUUGUACUUUCAGAUUAAAAAAUUGAUAAUUAAGUUUUUGGGGUCUGAAUGAUGCAAUAUAACUUGAAUAAGCAUCAGCCAAAACAUUUAAAUGUUGUUUUCAACCAGGAAGUAGAUAAGAUAUUUGAUCUAUAAAUACCCCAAAAACCAGGCUUUUUAUGUUAGAACAUAGUAAAAGAACCAAACCCCAUGUCCUUCACCAACAUGAUAAACAUGAUGAAUAUGCAUAAUAUGCUAAUCCCUCCUACAUUAAUGAUUAUGGAGUUGGGGCAUAUGUGUCCUAUGGACACAUUUUUUUAUACCAUAUAUUAUUUUAUUUUAUCCACUACAUUAGGUGAUUUAGAUAUCAACUGAUUUUGAAGUUAAAACAAUUAAUUUUCUGCCUUAUGAGUUACAUUUUCUCAUCUUUUCUUUAUUUACAUUUAUCUAUCAUGGAAUAUCAAUAUCUCAAAAUCUCUUACUGAUGACAUGAACAGGUUUACUAAGCUGUAAAUUGUUUGGCAAUAGCAAAGCAAGUUGUGGGGAAAUGGUAUUCAACAUAUUCAUUAUGCACAUGUUGAAAUUCAAAAUAGCAUCUUUAUUCACAAUGGCAUCUUUUAAAUGAAUAUUGUUGAAUUCAUAAAAUCAUGGAAAAUUAAGAUAAUUAAGUGUCUCUUCAGUGAGGUUUAACUCCUUCAUUAGUGGAAUUGUUAAUCUGUCAAAUAUUGAAUUUUUAAACAUUUUUAUUUAUACUUUUUUUUAGAUGUAGUAGAAGAUUAAAAAAAAAUCUUAUUUUUGUUGAAACUAUAAUAUAUUCAAAAUUUUUAUUGAAGUUUUUGGAUGAAAAAAGUCAUUGUACUAUCACAAUAAUCUUGUUAUAUAUUAAUGUUCAAAGUUCACAUGUCAGGUAGAUCCAGUGUCUGAGGACUCAUUGUUUUUCUAGUGACUGGACAAUAUUUUUUUUAAUUUUUUUUUUUGGGGGGGGGGGCAAUAGUUUUAUGCAUUCAAAGUAAAAAAUUGUAUUUCAAUAUACAUGUAGGGGGUUUCAGUAGUGCUUUCUGCAUAAUAGUUCGUAUUUCAAUUUGGAGGGCUUUAAUAGUUGUUUUUCUGCAUUUUUCAGGCCAUUCAAACUUGUAUAGGGUCAAUAUCAUUUUGAGCAUUAUAUAGGUUAGCAAUACAUGAUCCUGGGAUAUUGUAUUAAUAUCAUUAAGUUUGCAAGAGCAUUUUUAAAAGAAUAUAAUGUAAAUAUGUCUAUUUUAGAUAAAUAUAUAUAGUUCGAUGUAGUAUAGAGCAUGUAUUUAAUGUAUAUUACUGCUGUGUAUAUUUGUACAAUAUUUGUACAUGCAAAACAUCUGUGGUCGAAAUUAAACAAAAAGCAUACAGA